UAGAGGGGAAAAAGCUACUGUCCUCAUGUUAGAUACACAGUGAGUCAAGAACCCGUACUGGGGGUUUCUCUUCAAAGCCAGCUGGUCUGGCUUUAUUAUACAGGAAUUUUUUUACCUGUCAGAGUUUGGUCAACAUAACCCUCAGCAGGUGCUGUAGGGCACACCUUCCUGGAGAAGCAGGGCGCUGGUGCCGAAUAAAAGAAACUGUGAAGUAACUUCAAUGCAAAUGAAAAGUUCAAGACUCUUGAAGUUGGAAGCUACGGUGUGAAUGCAACAGCAUAUUCCAUUGUGCUUUACAAUUGGAAGCAGAACAAUAGAGGAAUGGGACUCUGUAAUAACACAGCGGGAAAGAGGUACGGAUGUCAGGAUCUGUAAACUGAAAAAGGGCAAAUCAGAAAGUGAAAGAAUUGCCAACGGGAAGAAGUGAGAAGGGUAGAAGAAGGAAAAAUACAUUGUUUCAAGGACGAGAGAAGGAAGAAAAACGGGGACUAUGGGGAGAAAAAAGAUUCAGAUCACGAGGAUAAUGGAUGAACGUAACAGACAGGUGACAUUUACAAAGAGAAAGUUUGGGUUAAUGAAGAAGGCUUACGAGUUGAGUGUUUUAUGCGACUGUGAGAUAGCUCUAAUCAUCUUCAACAGCACUAACAAACUAUUCCAGUACGCUAGCACGGAUAUGGAUAAAGUUUUGCUGAAAUACACAGAAUACAACGAGCCGCAUGAAAGUCGAACAAAUUCUGACAUUGUAGAGACGUUGAGAAAGAAAGGACUUAAUGGGUGUGACAGCCCAGAUCCUGACGCUGACGAUUCAGUAGGUCACAGCCCAGAGUCCGAGGACAAGUACAGAAAGAUAAAUGAAGAUAUUGAUCUAAUGAUCAGCAGACAAAGAUUGUGUGCUGUUCCACCUCCCAAUUUCGAGAUGCCGGUUUCCAUCCCAGUGUCCAAUCAAAACAGUUUGGUAUACAGUAACUCAGUUGGUUCACUGGGUAACCACAACCUUUUGCCAUUGUCCCACCAAACCUUGCAGAGGAACAGCAUGUCUCCUGUCUUGACACAUCGACCACCAAGUGCAGGUAACCCAGGUGGUCUGAUGGGUGGGGACCUCACAAGCGGUGCAGGCACCAGUGCAGGUAAUGGGUAUGGCAAUCAUCGUAACUCACCAGGUCUGCUGGUCUCAUCUGGUAACUUGAAUAAAAAUAUGCAAACAAAAUCGCCACCGCCAAUGAACUUGGGAAUGAACAAUCGCAAACCUGACCUCCGAGUUCUUAUUCCACCCGGCAGCAAGAAUACAAUGCCCUCCGUGUCUGAGGAUGUCGAUCUGCUUUUGAAUCAAAGGAUAAAUAACUCUCAAUCUGCUCAGUCAUUGGCUACACCAGUUGUUCCUGUGGCAACACCUACUUUACCUGGGCAAGGGAUGGGAGGAUACCCGUCAGCAAUUUCAACAACAUACGGCACUGAAUACUCUUUAAGUAGUGCAGACCUGUCAUCUCUCUCUGGGUUUAACACCAGUGCCCUCCACCUUGGCUCAGUUACUGGCUGGCAACAACAUCAUCAUCAUCUGCACAACAUGCCUCCAUCCGCUCUCAGCCAGUUGGGAGCUUGCACUAGCACUCAUUUAUCUCAGAAUACAAAUCUCUCCCUGCCUUCUACUCAAAGCCUUCACAUCAAGUCAGAACCUGUUUCUCCUCCUAGAGACCGUACCACCACACCCUCGGGAUAUCCUCAACACACACGUCACGAUGCGGGGAGAUCUCCUGUUGACAGCCUGAGCAGCUGCAGCAGUUCGUAUGACGGAAGCGACCGAGAAGACCACCGGAACGAUUUCCACUCCCCCAUUGGACUCACCAGACCUUCGCCGGACGAAAGAGAAAGCCCCUCAGUCAAGCGCAUGAGGCUUUCUGAAGGAUGGGCAACAUGAUAUGAUCCUUAUAUAUUAGAAUUUUUUUUUGCAGUGUGUGUGUUAUACCUUAAUGGGAAUUGGGCAGGGAGGGAGGGUCGAUAUACAUUAUAUGUGCCGUGUGUGGGGGUAUAAAAAAAUAAAGUCAGGUACUCUGUUUUGUAAAAGUACUUUUAAAUGCCUCAGUGAUCCAUUAUAGGGGUAAGAACUGCUGAAAGAACAAGCUUAGCACUUAAGCUAUCAACAGAAAACUUGUACAAAAUAGAUUUUGAAGCUAACUUCUUUUUCACUGUUGUGCUCCCUUUGAAAAAUGUCUGUCACAAUAGCUAGUUGUUAUGUUGCAGGUUCAACGUUAUUUACAUGUAAAUAGACAAAAUAAAGGAACCGUUUGCCAGAAUUGGCAAAUCUUUUCCAUGAGAGAAAGCAGCUGUUAUGCAACAUAUGGUAAAAUGUACAGGGGUUUUGACCGACCCAGCACUGGGCAUCGGGUGGAAAAUGGAUAACUGUAGAUUGGCUGGGCCGCCUAAUUAAUGUAAACUACUCAAAGACACCAACAUACUAAGAAACAAAUAUAUGGCACUUAUUUGAACAAAUGUAGGGUCAUACUAAAUGGCGUUUCUGAUAGUUUACAUAUUUUGCUGUUCAUUUCUGGGUAUACAUCACUUAAUAUAUAGAAAUAUAAAUUAUGUACAUUACAUUUUGCUUAUUUUCAUAUAAAAAGGUUAAAUGAAGUUUGCAGAACAUUUGUGGCUUUUUGUAGGUAACUUAAGCCAAAAUGUUUUUGUUUUUUUUCUUGAUAGCUUUGCUAAUAUUUUACAGUCCUGAAAGGUUAAAAAAAUAAAUACAUGAAGGUUUUUUUUUUUUGUAAAAAAGAAAAUUAAAAAAAUAUCGCCUCGGUCCAUUGAAGAACUCCACGCUUUUGCUAAAAGAAUUAACUGUUUUCUCUUUGUAGAAAUUUUUUUUUUUUAAAUGUGUAUUUCUAAUUAUAUGAGAUAAUAUUAAGAAUCUAAAAGAAAAAAAAAUCUGUGAAAUUAACAUGCUUGUGUACAGCAUUCUAAUAUAAAAUAAACAUUGAACUAGCAUUUUUUGUUAUUUAAUAGUGCGGAGGGAAAAAUUAAUAUUUGUGCGGCAGCAUACUAUAUAGGGAUAGCUGUUUUGUAAAACUGCAUCCAUUCUACAGGUCCAAUUUCAGUGAAAUCAUAAAACCACCCACCAAGGUUAAAUGUUCUAAUUAACCUAGGUUUUCAACCAGUUGGGUGAUCUGCCAUCCAUUGUACAUAUAUCAAAACUUUAGGCCAAGUGUAUUUUAUAUGAGACAUCGGUUAGAAUGUAACACGUCACCAAGAAGAAAUUCACAUCCAUUUCCCACUGUAACUAAAGAAAAAUACAAUUACUAUUUUACAAACAAUCUUUACAUUAUGUUGUCUCCAGAAUAUGCAAAUAUAACCAACCAAGUUUACAAGCAUUGUUAGCAGUAAUUUGCCUUUUUGAAGGGUUCUUUCUAGGUAAUAAUAAACAAAAAAAAAAAAAAAGAUAAAUAGCCAUAUUUAAAGUUUACCUAGCAACUUUUUCUCAGCAACGCAUACAGUUGAGGAAGUUUGUAAUUUUAACGACAGUGCAAAAUAUCGUUAGUCACGUAACCAGCAGAUUCUAGAAUGUAAGUGCAAUUUUAGCAGAGCUUUGCAUAAUGAUAAGAAUACACAAUAACAUUGGAAUAGAGUUUAGAUUAAACGGACGAUAGUUAGCCCUCAGUACAAUGGUGUAAAAAAUUCCCAGGCUGACUUGUAGCUCUAAAGCCAUUAUGGACGUAAGCGUUAUAGCAAACCCUGCCAGCCAGAGGAUGCUGGGACUUGUAGAUCCAAACAGCUGUAGAAACUUAGGUUGCCUACUUGUGGUGUAAAAGCAUAAUGGUGAUCUCAUUUAAUAGAUAAAAGCACAACUUUGUCACUUUCUCUAAAGUAUAAUUUUUUUAACUAUCUUAACUGUACCUUGCCAACCAAUGGCUUGGCAAAGCUCUUUAUUUGCUUUUAUUGCAAUCCCUUUGUAUUUAAAGGGGGGAAUUCAAUGGUUUGAAAAGUCUGUUCGGCGUCUCUUUUUUCCUGUCCAUUAGAUAGGAAAAACCAGACACUCAACUGACUUUUCGAACAAUUGAAUAUCCCCCAAAGUGUUUUCGGGGCAGAGCCUCAGGGGUAUUAACAUUGAAAAUUUAAACUUAUCCUAUAUAACAACACAGAAGAAUAACAUAGGCAGCAUUCUUAUUUAACAUUUUAAAUAACCCAAGUGGUAAUUUAUUUUUUAAUGACAUGUAAACCUAUUAUUUACACUUUAGAACCUGACAUCUAAACUCAUUUUGGAGUUAUCUUUUGAAAGGAAAAACUCCCUUAGCACACAGAUUAGUCAGAAAAUGUACAGUUCUGUUGUCAUAACAAAGUAAUAACUGUAAGUGCCGUACCACUUUACGGUAAACUGUAAUAAGGAGCGACAAAUCAUAAUCAUUAUUAAACAAAAUGUCAAGUUCUAAUAUCUUAUGUGUUUUUUGUUUGCUUUUUAUUCCCACCUCUAACAUACAUAUAAGAAUACUGAUGUGUCUUGUUCUUACCAUGUGUUUCAGGAACUUAAAUUCUAUGUAUUCUUUACUUCUUUUUUUUUUAACAAGCCACUUGAACCUGAAUAAAGGCUGUUGCCUAAACACAGAGUUCUUCAUUUGUUCUGAUGGUGCCAUCUCCCUUGCUGUCUUCCCUCUCACAGUGUUCCAUUUUUCUUUUCUUUUUUACCCAGACAGGUUUUAAUAAAGUACUGAUAUAAUAUUUGUUUCUGUAACAGUAUUUCACACUACAGUAGCUGUACAUUUGAGGCAUUGUGAAUGGGGGUAAUUUACUAAAAUAUUUUGGGGCCAAAUAGAGGCACAUUUAUUUUACUCCUAAAACAAGGUCCACAUAAUCUGCAGCUAAUCUUUCUUUAAUAUUUUGAAUGAUAUUCAUUUUCUUAAACUAAUGGAUUUUUGUGAAUUGCAUAAUAAUCUAUUUUAUACAUUUCUUCACAUUUAAAAGGAUGUGCAUUUCAGUAUAGUGAUCUGCCAAAUUUGACAGAAACAGCUGUCUUGCCAGUAAUAGAUAGAUCUUCCUGAGCCACUAUUAGACCAUCUCCGCCACACUUAAGAAUUGACCUCCAGGUUCUACGUUUGUUGAUACAACGCACUCUUCUUGAGAAUAAAUUGCCACUGUAUAAAUUCUUAUUUCCUUAGAUUGCCACGUCAAGCUUUUACAUGGUUGGUAAAUGUGAUCGCCAAGCAACCAAAGCUGUGGCCAAAUGGUGAUAUUUGAUUGUUGAGUAAUCAGAGUAACCAGAUUCCAUGCUGGCAGCUGCAGGGGAUACAAUGCACUCCUUUUUAUAAUACCUUAGCAGUAGGUAACUUUGAAUUCCCUAAGCUUGCCACAUCCCGCAUUGAUAUGAUUGGCAUUUUUGAUCACUGGCCAACCAAAUCUGUGGCUGGGGUGUCAUAUUUGACAAAUUUGAUUAUUCAGUGAUAAGACUAAACAGUAAUAAGUGAACCUAGUGUUCUGAGUCCUGAUUCAUUUUUCCAGAUUUUAAUUGGGCAGGUCUAUAUAGUUUGUCAGUAGGUUGACACCAGAUUGCCGACAUUCAAUAGGUUGACAGGGUCAAAAGGUCAACAGUUAAAUGGUCAACAUGAUGUUAGGCCGACGUUUUGACCCUGUCGACCAAAGUCCAUGUCUACCAUUGAAUUGUCAACCUUUUGACCCUUUCAACCUAUUCACUGUCAACAGUCUGAUGUCGAUCUCUACUGUCUAUCUUCCGUCCAGAUACCGUCAUUUCAUGAAUCAUGAAUGUUACAAUAUGUUAAACUCACUGUGUCACAUGUGAAGAUUUACCAAGUGCAAAACUUUAUGCCAGAUCUGUCCUUAUUUUGCUCCACAUAGAAAAUCACCCCUAUUUUAACCAAAGAUGUGAACCAAUCCAAGAUUUCUGGAACAAUGUAAUAUCUAUCAGAAAUUAACACUUUAAACAAUAAAAUACCCAUGUCUUGUCAAUGAUAAGAGUUAUCCAUUCCUUACGAACAGUUCUCAUUUACCUUUUACAUGUGACUUUGUUCUAGCUUGGAUUGCUUUAGUUGGAUUUAUGUAUAAUUUUAGUUUUAUUUUUUAGUUUAUUUCUAUUAGUGUAUUAAAUGGAAAGUUUGUAAAAGAGGGAAAUCAAACGUUUCUCAUCGAUAAAACCGUCUCACAGCGGCAUAAGCAGGACUUUGUCGCCCCAGAUGGCAAGAUGUUAAAUAACUAAGUUAUACACAUCUGUAUAUCUUAAGGGACCUUAUUCAGCUGUCUGUAGUGAACAUAUGUGGAAACAUUGAAGACGUUUUUCCUGCUGGUGUCAAGGUAUAAUUUGUAUUUUGCUGAUAAAUAAGUAAAAUAACUGUCUUUCAUAGUGAA